AUGUCACGACAAAUUACUUUACACCACCUGAACGCUUCUAGAUCUGACAGGAUUUUCUGGGUUUUAGAAGAAUUACAACUGCCUUAUUCAGUAGUUGUACAUUUUAGAUUACCUACAAGGUCCGCUCCACCUUCUUUACUGAAAAUAUCACCAACUGGUAAAGCACCGGCAUUGACGAUUGAUAAUACUCAAACAAUAACGGAAUCAGCUUAUAUCAUUCACAAGCUAUUAACAUUACCUGAAAUCAAAGAAAAGUCUCACAAAGGAGAGAUAGAUGUUGAGGUUGACGAAACGGACGAUAAUGUGUUUUGGAGUCAUUUCUCCGAAGGAAGCAUGAUGAAUUUAUUCCAAGCUUCCGCGAUCGUUCAAGCCACAGGUCAAGCUUGGUUGAAUGGUGCUGCGGGCGAGUUGAGUGAAGAAGGUAAAAAUGUUAUUGGGAAAUAUACAGGUUUCGUAGCUAAACAGUACCUAGGUCCUCAAAUGCAAGGUACCAUCGAUCUUGCCGAAUCUUUCAUUAGUAAAAGUAAAGGUGGUUGGUUCUCAGGUACUGAGAAGCCUGGACAAGGAGAUUUCAUGAUGUUCUUCGCUAUCAAUUCUCUCAUAGCUGGAACUAGAGCUGCAGCGGGUUUCAAUAUCGGUUCCGGCUUGAAAGGGUGGUAUGAGCGAGUUAUGUCUAGGCCAGCCGCUCAGAAAGCUCAACAAAGACUUAAAGAUGAGGAGGAGAACGCGAAAUCAAAGAUCUAA